GGCCCGCUGCGAGCUCAGAUCCCCCCGCUCUGGCUCAGUGGUGCGGCCCGUUGCGCGCACAGAUCUGUUAUUGUGCAGCGCUGCAGAACACACAGACGCAGGCAGAGUGUGUGUGUGUGUUGUGUGUGCGAGCUGCUCAUCGCCUUCAGAAACACCGUGGAGGAACAGCAGUGGAGACGGGUGUGUGUGUGUGUGUGCGCCGCAUCUCUGUGUCCUCCAGCCUUUAUUCUCCUGUGAGGAAGAGGAGGAGGAGGAGGAGGAGGAAGAGCGCCCCCUCCCCUCACAGCCAGCAGAACGCUCCGGAAAGACACACACACACACACACACACACACACUGUGUUUUCUUCGUCCUGCUUCUGCUCCUCCGUCUCUCGGGAGCCUGCGGCUUGCUGAUGUCCGUCAACUCAGAGAAAUCCUCUUCUCCAGACAGGCCAGACACACAGAAGGCUCCAUCUGAUCCUCCUCCUCCACCUCCUCCUCCACCUCCACCUCCACCUCCUCCACCUGAGCCUGUGGCCCCAUUAGAGCCGGAGGAGGAGAUUCUGGGUUCUGAUGAUGAGGAGCAGGAGGACCCGGCCGACUACUGCAAAGGAGGAUAUCAUCCCGUCAAGAUUGGGGACCUGUUCAACAGCCACUACCACGUCAUCCGCAAACUGGGCUGGGGACACUUCUCCACCGUAUGGCUGUGCUGGGACAUCCAAGGGAAGCGUUUUGUUGCGAUGAAGGUGGUGAAGAGUGCGCAGCACUACACGGAGACGGCACUAGAUGAAAUUAAACUACUCCGAUGUGUGCGUGAGACUGAUCCUGAAGAUCCAAAUAAAGACAUGGUGGUUCAACUCAUAGACGACUUCAAGAUCUCCGGGGUGAACGGGAUACACGUGUGUAUGGUGUUUGAAGUUCUCGGUCAUCAUUUGCUGAAGUGGAUCAUCAAGUCUAAUUAUCAGGGCUUGCCGUUACCCUGCGUCAAGAGCAUCAUCAGACAGGUGCUGCAGGGCCUGGAUUACCUGCACAGUAAGUGUAAGAUCAUCCACACAGACAUCAAGCCGGAGAACAUCCUGAUGUGUGUGGACGACGCGUUCGUGCGGCGCAUGGCGGUGGAGGCCACGGAGUGGCAGAAAGCAGGAGCGCCGCCACCCUCAGGAUCCGCAGUCAGCACGGCUCCGCAACUCAAACAGGUGGGGAAGAUCUCCAAAAAUAAAAAGAAGAAGAUGAAGAAGAAGCAGAAGCGGCAGGCGGAGCUGCUGGAGAGGCGGAUGCUGGAGAUCGAGGCUCUGGAGCGCGAGGCGGAGAAGCAGAGGGCGGACGGAGAAACCAUCGCAGAACACGGACCAACACUAGCGGACAGCGAAGAAGACGAGGAGGAAGAGGAAGACGAGGAGGAGGAGGAGAAGCAGCGGCCCGUCAGACUCACCAACCACACCUGUGCGGAGCCGGAGCAGCCAGAGGUGGAGGACAGUGACGAUGGAGAAGAGUCUCACACACACACACACACUCCCACACACACACCCACGCACACUGCCACACACACACCUACACACACUCCUACAGAGACUCCUACGCAGACUCCUACACACACACCUACACAUGCACACACUCCCACACACACUCCACUGGGGCGGACGGACACUCCGCAGGAGCCGGAGCGAUCAGGAGGAGCGGAGGAGCUGGACGGCAGCGGAGACGGCAGACAGGAAGAAGAGGAAAAAGCAGAGGAAGUGGAAAAAGCAGAGGAAGUGGAGGAGGAGACGGCAGCCGCUCCAUCAGAGAGCACCGAGGAGGAGACGCGGCAGUGUGUGAAGGAGGACGAGCAGACCAAACACACCAGAGACACACAGGACGAAGAGGAGGAGGAGGAGGAGGAAGAUGAUGAAGAAGAUGAAGAGGAUGAGGAGGAGGAAGAGGAGGAAGAGGAGCAGAGCACCGCCGCUAAGACCAAUGGUCAUGUGUGUGUGUGUGUGCAGGAGUGUGUGUCCCCUGCGGCCCCCACGCUGCUCUGCCCCCUGGUGGAGUCUGAGAUUAGCACCACCGACCGCGACGCCUCUGACGCCUCCUACGAGCUGUUCAAUGGGGACACGUCGUCCCUCAGCAAUGGGGCCCGACACCGCGGCACCACCCCCCGCUUCCCUGAGCUCCCGCUGGACCCCGACCCUACACACACUCUGCAGGACCAGGCUCAGGGGCCCGACAGACACAGCGACCGCAGCCGCACCGUGUCCUCGUCCAGCACCGGGGACAAUCCCAAAGCUAGGAUCCGGGCCGCUGAUCUGCUGGUCAAUCCUCUGGAUCCGCGAAACGCAGAAGCACUGAGAGUCAAAAUCGCAGACCUGGGCAACGCCUGCUGGGUGCACAAACACUUCACAGAGGACAUCCAGACCCGGCAGUACCGCUCCAUAGAGGUGCUGAUCGGCGCCGGCUACAGCACACCUGCAGACAUCUGGAGCACAGCCUGCAUGGCGUUCGAGCUCGCCACCGGUGACUAUCUGUUUGAGCCGCACUCCGGUGAAGACUACUCUCGUGAUGAAGACCACAUCGCUCUGAUUAUGGAGUUACUGGGAAAAAUCCCCCGCAAGAUGGUCGCCGCUGGGAAAUACAGCCGUGAGUUCUUCUCCAAGAAAGGCGAGCUGCGGCACAUCACCAAACUCAAGCCCUGGUCCCUGUUUGACGUGCUGGUGGAGAAGUACGGCUGGGCGGCGGAGGAGGCGGGGCACUUCACACACUUCCUGCUGCCCAUGCUGGAGAUGGUGCCGGAGAAACGGGCGUCGGCCUCCGAGUGCCUCCAUCACCCCUGGCUGAGCUCGUAGCACUGCCGUCUGAGGCUCGCCGGCGCCCCCUGUGGCCAAUCUGAACUGCAGCUUUACACAGCAGAGGCAGAGUGAGGGGAGGCUCCAGAGCGGCGCGGGCGGGCUUCACACACACACACACAAACACAGAGACAUGCGUGUGUGCUGGAGAAACAGCGGCUCCAGAUCUGAGUCUUCCUCCAGCUCACUCAACAGAGUUAAUAUAUUACACAGGCUCAAAACAGGAGUGUGUGUGUGUGUGUGUGUGUGUGUGUAUGUGUGUGUGUGUGUGUGUGUGUGUGUGU